AUGUUAAAAUUAUUCAACAAAGAAAAAAAAAAAGUACCUUAAAUUCAAAAUGUACUUACUAUAGAAGAAUUUUUCAAAAGGGAUGAAUAUGAAAUAAAUGAUGAGUUUUGGAAAAUGAAUGCCACAUAACUUGAAGACACAUGUAAAAAAUAAGAAAAAUAUAUCAAAAAAUUGAAAAUUUUAUAUGCAGCAGUAUUAUUCAUUUUUUAUUCAUUCAAUAGCAUUUAGAAUAUCUUGAAUAAUUGUUGAUUAAACAUGAAGAAGAAAAAAAGAAACUUAGAACUGAAGUUGAAGAAUGGCAAAUUAAAAACUGUAAAAAAUUUUAAUUUUAUCAUAAGAAAGCAAUUACGAUCUAAAAUAACAAAUAGAAGUGUAAUAUAAGUAAAUUUAUGAAUAGUUUUCUUCUUAAAACUAAUAAUAAAAAUAACUUUAAAUUAUAGAGGAACAUAAAUAAGAACCAUAAAAUACAGAUUUAUUAGAACUUAUUGAACCAAAAGAAGAAGAAAUAGAAAGAUUAAGAAAAUAAUGCAUAAAAGUUUGUGAAGAAAUGAGAAGAUUAUAAGAAGAUAAUGAUGAUAUUAGUACAGCCUUAGAUACAGAGAAAUAACAUAAAGAAUAUUUAAGAUAACAAUUCGAAUAAUAAAAAGUUUAAUUUUAAUAAGAGAUAUCUGAUUUAUAAAAUCAAAUUAAGAAUUAUUAAAAUGAAGGAUAAAUCAAUUCUUAAUAAUUAGAAGAUAAAAUAAGAUAUUAAAAGGAUUUAGAAUAAAAUAUGUCUGAAUUUACAACUAAAAUACAUGAAUUUGAAAGUAAAUUACUAUAAGAAAAAAUUAAAGUUGAUUAAAAAAAUAAAGAUUGUAUUAGAUUAGAAGAUUAAAUAAGUGAAUUAAAAAAUUAGAUUGAAUAAAUGUCAAAUUAAAUAAAUAUAUAAAAAAGCAAAUUAUAAUUACUAGAAUCAAAAAGGUAAAAAGAUAAAUUAACUAUCAAUGAAUUAAAAAAUAAUAUUGCAAAUUAAUAGAAUAAUAAUGAACUAAUUUUGUUUCAAUACAAAAAUGAAAUCUAAAAUUUAAAUUUAUAAUUUAAUGAAUUAUAACUAAAAAGUAAUCUCUAUGAACAGCUCAAAUUUUAAUAUGAUUAAUUGCAAAAUUAAUUGAUGGAUAAAAAUGUAAAGAUUUAAUAAUUAUUUCAUUAAAUUCAAGAAAUGGAAUAAAAAAUAGAAUAAAAUAACAAGUAAAUUUUAAUUGUAUUUUAGAUAGUUUUAGAAUAGAGAAGAAAAAUAAGAAUAAAAAGAUAAUGAAAGAGAAAAGUUAAUUUAACAUCUUACAUUGAAAAGAGAGAAUGCAAGAGUGGAAAUUGAACAAUUAAAUGAUAAGAUAUUAUGUCUAAUGAAGUUAGUUGAUUCUAUAAAGCAUAAAGCUUCGUAAAAUAAUGACAUUUAACAAAUUAUUAAGAAUAACACAGAAAUUCUAAAUAAAUCAGAUAUGCUUUAGAAAAGUAAUCGUAGAAUAUAAUUAUUUCCAACUCUCCAUAAAUGUCUAUCAGAAUUAAGAAAAUUAGAAGAUAAAUGUUAUAAAUUAUACAUUUAAACAAUGAUAUCUGAUUUUUCUAAUAGAGAAUCAACUAUAUAGAUAGAAAGAUACUUGAAUGACAUAGGAAGAAGAUCUUAAGAAUUAUUAGAUUUGUUAGAUGAAAUGGGUUUGAAAUGA